AUGGAUACGGACUGCGAUGUCAACGCAUGCUUCCUCAUCCAAUCAUUCGGCACGCAUGGAGUCCUGGGUGUUGGCAAGCAGGCAGGCCUGUCUAACAGGUCAUGCGCAGAUGGACGGAGUGUCUCCUCAGUGCUGGAGCAGGGCUGCAGUGGCUUCACCCAGGCGGAGGAACUUAAGUGCAGGCUUUUUCUGCAGAGCUUCUCGUCUGGGGCCAGAAAGCUCACUGAGGCUGAUACCAAAGAUCUUCUCCGCACUGGGGACCAAGACGGUGACAGCAAGAUAGGAAUGGAAGAGUUUUGCUCAUUAAUGAAAAGAAGUGAGGAAGUCUGAAUAUUGGUCCUUGGGCUUCAACAAUUUGGUGAAACUUAUGCAACAAAAACUAAUAAAAA